AUGAGUUUUCGUUAAACAAGAUGGAGAUUUUUAGCAGUUUCUUUGGCUGCUCUAAUUCUUUUAGGAAAUAAUUAUUCAUUUGAUAAUCCAUAGGCUUUGCAAACUUAAAUUUAAUAAUAGUUAGGAAUCAAUAUUAUUCAAUUUAAUUUACUUUAUAGUGUUUUCGCUUUGCCUAAUAUAUUUCUAACAAUUUUAGGAGGUAGAAAAGAUGAUCAUUAUUAUAGGCAUGAUAAUUGAUAGAUUAGGAGUAAGAUUUGGAAUCUUUACAUUUACAUUAAUUGUUACAAUAGGUUAAUUAAUAAUAGCAUUGGGUGGUAAAUUCAAUGAGUAUUCCCUAAUGUUAUUAGGAAGAGCAGUAUUUGGUGUAGCAAGUGAAAAUUUAAUAAUUGCAUAAAGUACAUUUGUAAGUUUAUGGUUUAAGGGCACUGAAUUAGCAACAGUAAAUGUAUUGUAAUUUAACAUAGGCUAUGGGAAUAAUAAUGACUAUUCCAGAAUUAGGAGGAGCUUUAAAUAGUUUAUUAACACCUUUAAUUUAUGAAUCAAGUUAGAGUUUAUCAGUUCCACUAUUUACAAGUGUAGGAUUUUGUUUAUUUUCAUUUGCAUGUGGCAUAAUUUUGGUUUAAUUGGAUAAAUAUGCAGACAAAUAUGAUUAAAGAUGUGAGUAAUAAAUUUGAUAUACUUUUAUAGAAUCUGAUUGUCAAUAUGUUUUAGAAUAAAAGAUGAUGAAAGAUGAUGAGGGAGAAGAAGAUGAAGAUGAAGAGGAAAAAGAAAAAUUAGAAGAAUCAAAAGAAGAAAUUAGUUUAAAAGAUCUUAAAUAAUUAUCAGGUACAGUUUGGAUUUUAUUGAUGAUCUGCACUUUCAGUCUUUGUAUAUUUAUUCCCUUCUUAGAUAAUGCUAAUUAAUUUUGUCAAUAGAGAUUUAAUCUAUCUAAUAUCUCAGCAGGCAGAGCUAUAAUUAUAACUUAUUUAACUCCAAGUAUAUAUUUAUAUAUAUAAUUAUAAUAGUGUUUGUAUCCCCAUUUAUAGGUUGUAUAGUAGAUAAGGUUGGUUAUAGAAGAAGAUGGAUGAUAUUAACAUCUUUACUAUUUAUCAUCUCUCAUUUAUUAUUUGCAAUAAUACCAACUCCUGAAGAUGGAUCUCCUUAAUUUGCAGCUGUAGUUCCUUUGUUCUUAUUAGGAGUCAGUUAUGCAUUCUAUUCAUGUGUGAUGAUUCCUUGUGUUUAAUAUCUUGUUGAGUAGAGAAUCAUGGGUACUGCAUUUGGGUUAAUGGGAUUGUUUGAAAGUAUUGGUGCUUGUGUUUUUCCUUUAGUUUCUUCUCAAAUCUAUAAUACUAAUGGAGAUUAUAGGUAAGUUGGAUUCUUUUAUAUGGGAAUUGGUUGUGUUAAUUUGAUCUUUGUUUUAACAUUAUAUUUUGUCGAUAAAAAGGGAAGUGAAGUUCUAGAUAGAAUUAAUCCUCUUGAAGGAAAAGGUGAUGGUAAAUCAUCAUCAUCUACUUCUGAUGAUGAUUCUGUUGCCUCUGAUUUAACUGAUGAAGAUGAAAGAGAAUAUUUUGAAAUGAAAGAGAACAUCAAUUCCUUCAAAUUAUAACCAUUAGAAACUAAUAGUGAUUCUAAAAGUGAACCUGGCGAUUUCAAAAUGCAACGAUCUUUAAGUUUCGAAUAUUCAAUGCAAAUUACAAAAUUAGAUAAUUAAUGA